CUCCACCCAGUGUGCGUGAGCCUUUGCAGGAAAGAUAAUAGUGGAAAUAGGGCAGGUUCAGGGACUGAAUAUAAUAGUCGCGUUGGCAUGAUUUCUAAAUGACAGGAUAUUCAUUGCGCCGCUGCACACAUUUUUCAACAACAACCCUGAUCUGCUUUCUAGGACGGUGGAUCUACCUACAACAAGCUCACCAUGGGUUUGUAACCAUUGCAACCUGCGCUCGUGCUCAACUUCAGAAACUAUGAGGAGUAGAUUUGGAGACGCGCAAGAAUGUUGCAAUUCAGCGGUAACUGUUUCUUACCAUAGGGUCGUUAGCUGUAUAUGAGUAGCCUAUGUGUCGUGACUUAACAGUAGCAGUGACUGUCAAUGGUGGUAGUGCCCACUAUCUUGGUUUAUUAUCAUUGCAGAUUGCACAAUUUCAUGCGAAAUCAGACAUGAAUAUACAGGAGGUGGACCUGGUGUCUGUGAGGAAACGUGCGUAAUGUUGACUUUGGAUGUAUGGAGAUGUCGAGCAACUGAGUAUCCAUAAGAACACAUAACAGUGAUUGUCAACCAAAACAGACAUUGAAAAAAUGAGUCAAGUUGAAGGGAUAUCAUUGACGGUCCCCUCCUUUGGUCCUGGCUCGGACCCUGAGGGUGCCCACGGGGACUCUGCUGGCUCCCGGAAAGAGAGUGUCAGCGGUGCCCCCAUUCCGGCCGCCGGGACAUUCUGGCACGACUCUGUGGUCAGCGGAAGCAUCAGUCCUAAUAUCCUGAGCUGCCGGAAGGACAGUGGCGGCUUGUUGUCUACGGGGAAAUGUAAAAGCAGGGCUGUCACGGUGGCAUAUGUCGUCAACAGCGAGCUCACUCAGCCACACACCUCAGAGAACAUGGCCCUGCAUUGCCUGAAAGACGCGUGCGACUCCGUCGGAAGUAAACUGGAAAUCAUACACUUUGGGAAGAUCGACUUUGGAGAUACGUGUGUGCUUGACCAGUUCUAUAAUGCAGACAUAGCUGUGGUGGAGAUGACGGACGCUUUCCGCCAGCCCUCCCUGUUCUACCACCUGGGUGUGAGGGAGAGCUUCAGCAUGGCCAACAACAUCAUCCUGUACUGUGACACCAACUCCGACUCGCGACAGUCCCUGCAGGAUAUUAUUUGCCAGAAGAACACUACAUGCUCAGCCAACUACAGCUUCAUCCCGUACAUGGUGACGCCCCACAACAAGGUGUACUGCUGUGAGAGCAGCCUGAUGAAGGGCCUGACAGAGCUGAUGCAGCCCAGCUACGAGAUGCUGCUGGGACCCAUCUGCAUGCCCCUGCUGGACCGCUUCAUCCAGCUGUUCAAGGUGCCCCAGGCUAACUCCUGCCAAUACUUCAGAGAAACCAUUCUCAACGAGAUUCGGAAAGCACGGGAAUUGUUCACAGGGAUGGAGCUGGCCUCAGAACUCAGCCGAAUUCAACAACGAUUGGACAACGUAGAGUGCCUUUCAGCUGACAUUGUCAUCAACCUGCUUCUGUCCUACAGGGACAUCCAGGAUUAUGAAUCCAUAGUGAAGCUGGUGGAGACAUUGGAGAAGCUUCCUACAUUCGACCCUGUGGCCAAUCCCCAUGUCAAGUUCCACCAUGCCUUUGCACUGAAUCGGAGGAACCUCCCGGGGGACCGUCACAAGGCCCUGGACAUCAUGCUGCCCCUGGUGAAGGCUGACAACCAGGUGGCUUCAGACAUCUACUGUCUGGUGGGACGCAUCUACAAGGACAUGUUCCUGGAGUCUCACUUCGCUGACAAAGAGAGCAGGGACAGUGGCACGGCCUGGUUUAAGAAGGGGUUUGAGUCCGAGCCGACAUUACACUCUGGCAUCAACUACGCCGUUCUACUCCUGGCAGCGGGACACCAGUUUGACGCCUCCUUCGAGCUCCGCAAAGUCGGAGUGAAGCUGAGCAGCCUACUGGGGAAGAAGGGCAGCCUGGACAAGCUGCAGAGCUACUGGGAUGUGGGCUUCUUCCUGGGGGCUAGCAUCCUGGCCUGUGACAACACCAGAGUCAUACAGGCCUCCGAGAAACUCUUCAAACUGAAGGCUCCUGUCUGGUAUCUGCGCUCUCUUGUGGAGACCAUCCUGAUUUACCAGCACUUCAAAAAGCCCUCUGUGGAGCAGCCGCCGCCCAAACAGGAACUGGUGGACUUCUGGAUGGACUUCCUGGUGGAGGCCACAAAGAAAGACGUCUCGUCUGUCCGCUUCCCCGUGUUGAUAUUGGAGCCCACUAAAGUCUAUCAGCCUUCGUACUUGUCCAUAAACAACGAUGUGGAGGAGAACACUGUCUCCAUCUGGCAUGUUGCUCCUGAUGACAAGCACAGGGGGGUCCAUGAGUGGAACUUCAGCGCCAUGUCAGUACGGGGUGUCAGUAUUUCCAAGUUUGACGAGCGCAGUGCCUUCCUGUACGUGCUGCACAACUCAGAGGACUUCCAGAUCUACUUCUGCACAGAGAUGCACUGCAAAAGGUUCUGUGAUCUGGUCAACAGCCUCGCAGAGGAAGCAUGGAAAGGCCCGGAAGAUGGGGAGUGUGACACUGAUGCCCUAGAGUACGACUAUGAGUAUAAUGAGCACGGGGAGAGGGUGGUUCUGGGAAAAGGCACGUUUGGAGUGGUGUACGCCGGCCGGGACCUUAGCAACCAGGUGCGGCUGGCCAUCAAGGAGAUACCGGAGAGAGACAGCAGGUACUCUCAGCCCCUCCAUGAGGAGAUUGCCCUUCACAGACACCUGAAGCACAAGAACAUUGUGCAGUACUUGGGCUCCAUCAGCGAGAAUAGUUUUAUCAAGAUCUUCAUGGAGCAGGUUCCCGGAGGAAGCCUGUCUGCUCUGCUGAGGUCUAAAUGGGGCCCUCUGAAGAACAACGAACCCACCAUCGGCUUCUACACCAGACAGAUCCUGGAGGGACUCAAAUACCUCCAUGACAACCAGAUCGCUCACAGAGACAUCAAGGGUGAUAAUGUGCUUAUAAACACAUAUAGCGGAGUUCUGAAGAUAUCUGACUUUGGUACCUCUAAACGGCUGGCUGGGAUCAACCCCUGCACUGAGACUUUCACUGGGACACUACAGUACAUGGCCCCUGAGAUCAUAGAUAAAGGCCCUCGAGGCUACGGCAAGCCUGCGGACAUCUGGUCUCUUGGCUGCACCAUCAUUGAGAUGGCCACUGGGAAACCUCCCUUCUAUGAGCUGGGGGAACCACAGGCUGCCAUGUUCAAGGUUGGCAUGUUCAAGAUCCAUCCUGAGAUCCCAGAUUCCAUGUCAAUGGAGGCCAAGGCCUUUAUCCUACGCUGCUUUGAGCCCGACCCCGACCAGAGGGCCACCGCCCUGCACCUGCUCACUGAUGAGUUCCUCACCGUCACCAGCCGCAAGAAGAGGGGCAAGAGCAGCUUUACAGCUCUGACACCAGGAGGUUCAGAGUACCUGCGCAGCAUCUCUCUGCCAGUGCCUGUGGUGGUGGAAGACACCAGCAGCAGCAGCGAGUACGGUUCCAUCUCCCCUGAGAACGACCUCAACACCAACCCCUUCAUCUUCAAGCCCAGCACCAAGUGUUACAGGGAUCGGGACGUCAAAGCAACCCGCUCCCUGUUCCUCAGUAUCCCAGUGGAGAACUUUGAGGACCACAGUGCUCCUCCGUCUCCUGAUGAGAAGGACUCUGGCUUCUUCAUGCUGAGGAAGGACAGCGAGAGGAGGGCCACUCUACACCGCAUCCUCACUGAGGACAGAGACAAGGUGGUGGCCAACCUCGUGGAGGCUCUCAAACAGGGUUCUGAGACAUCGGACACUAAGUUGAGACACCAGCAUAUCUCCACCCUGGUGGUCAGUCUGGGGGACUUUGUGCGCAUGGCGGACAGGAAGAUCAUAGCCAGCACCCUCUCCCAGCUCAAAUUGGAGCUAGACUUUGACAGCACGGCCAUUAGCCAACUACAGGUGGUGCUAUUUGGGUUCCAGGACGCAGUAAACAAAGUACUACGAAACCACAACAUCAAGCCCCACUGGAUGUUCGCCCUGGACAAUAUCAUCCGUAAAGCGGUGCAGACUGCCAUCACCAUCCUGGUGCCAGAGCUGAGGCCCCACUUCAGCCUGGCCUCGGAGGAUGAUCCGGCCGAUCAAGAUAACAUCGACGAUGACGUGGAGCCUGAGGAUAACUCCGCCCAUCAGAGCAGAGCCCCUCCCAACACUGUCCAUGACGACACGGUCGCCACCUCCGGCGUGAGCACGCUCAGUUCCACCGUUUCACACAGAUCCCAUAAUGCCCAGCACUCCGUCACCAUGGAACUAGGCAGGAUGAAGCUGGAAACCAAGAGGCUGAUGGAGAAGUUGCUGGCGAGGGAGAGAGAGUACCAGGCUGUCCUCCAGGAUGUCCUGGAUGAGAGGGAACAGGAGAUCAAACUACUGAGGAUCCGCUCAGAACACGUCGAUAUGCCUACAUCAUCUGUGAGCCAGAGGAGCCAGUCCACUGCGAGCCAUGGGGACCCAGAGCUGAUCAAGUGGCUGAGACUCCAUGGGGCUGACGAUGACUCCAUGGACAGGAUUUUGACCGAGGAUUACACUUUGGAUGACCUUCUCCAGUAUGUGAUGAGAGAUGACCUGAAGAGUUUGGGAUUAAGAGGUGGGAUGCUGUGUAAGCUAUGGAAGGCCAUCACAGACUACAGACAGAAACCAGUGUGUGGAGCCCUUGUGUCUAGUUAGCCUCUACAGUACAGGACAUUUACCACAACAACAACAACAACUCAGUAUUCUCAACACUCACUACUGCACUUUAAUCUCAGUAUUUAUCAGACCAAGACUCAGUCCUGAUGGGGGACAGUUCCAGUGUAGUUUAUCAUGUAUGGAGUAUUGACACGUGAGUUGUAGAACUCUGUGUGUGUGUGUGAGAGACCUUGUUGGGUUAUGGAAAUUGUUUUUGGAAAUUACUAUUUUCAAAUGGGGUUACUUUUUCAUGUAAAAGUAAAUAAGUGCCACUGGUUUUAUCAUGUUCAACAGUUAUGACACAUUUUAAGCAGGUGCUCCAAGAUUCACAGGGCAAACAGUGAAACAUAUCUGACAAUUUAACCUUUAAAUGUUAAAUGUUAUUUGGUUGUAGAAUUCUCCCCUUACAUGUGUUUACUUUCAUUAGAUUGACCAUUUUCUAAAACAAGCCUGAGAGACAAAAUACAACGUUAACUGAUGUGUUUGAUCUGUACAUUAUCUUGAUAAACAACAUUGUUAUUGCUAGUGGCUUCUUAUCACUGUUUUAUUUAAAUGUGCUUUUAUGGAUAUGGCCUACUCUCAACGCCAUCACUGCAUGCCUGCCCUUUUGUACCUGUUUGUUUAACUGGCUUUGAAGGCUUUGAAACAUCAUAGCUCUUGACUUAUUUUGUCCAAGUAAUUUUUUUACAUCAUUUACAUAUGAUGGGGUAAAUUAUCUAAAUAUAUAGCACAUUUUAUUGACAGUAAAUUACUAUUUUCAGUUAAACAAUUUACAAACGGCUAGAUGUCAUAUCAAAUGUGUAACGCAAAUUUGUGUUGGCUAAUCAGGGGUUCACAGCAAAGCUGGCGCUGUUAUAAGUAUUCUCACUUAAACCCUCAUAUCCGCCGCCCUGUUUGACCUAGAGACUUGAAACUUUGUAAGUAGGCCUCUUUCCUCAUGCUGAACAAAUUUGCCUCAAGGACCCAUAAGGUCCGUCAGGAUAGAUUUUCCUCCAUCUUUGAAACUUAUUUACAUGAACCAUAGUACCAAAUGACACCAAAAUUAAGUUUUGUUGAAAUGUGUCCAUUUUGUUUCAUAUUCAUGAAACAUAUUGUUCUGUAACACAAAAAUGUGUCUUAAAAACGUAACUGUGAAAUAAAGUGUAAACUGAAAUAA